CAGCAGGAUGGAAACGAGGAAAGGAAAUCGGCUGACGCAGGAGCCAGAGUGAGACCCAACGAGCCCACAAAUCCAGCCUGCACCAUGAACUUGUGUCCUCCUUCUACGUUUUAGGAGCCAAGGGCAGGUGAAGUUGCUGGAGAGCAAUGGCUCUCUUUACUCCGUGGAAGCUGUCCUCUCAGAAGCUGGGCUUUUUUCUUGUGACUUUUGGCUUCAUCUGGGGUAUGAUGCUCCUGCAUUUUACCAUCCAGCAGCGAACUCAGCCCGAGAGCAGCUCCAUGCUGCGCGAGCAGAUCCUGGACCUCAGCAAGAGGUACAUCAAGGCGCUGGCAGAGGAAAAUCGGAAUGUGGUGGAUGGGCCGUACGCCGGCGUCAUGACAGCGUACGAUCUGAAGAAAACUCUUGCCGUGCUAUUGGAUAAUAUCUUGCAGCGCAUUGGAAAGUUGGAGUCCAAGGUGGACAAUCUUGUAAUCAAUGGCACAGGGACAAACUCGACCAACUCCACCACAGCUGUUCCCAGCUUGGUCGCACUUGAGAAAAUUAAUGUGGCAGAUAUCAUUAAUGGAGCUCAAGAAAAAUGUGUAUUGCCUCCUAUGGAUGGCUACCCCCACUGUGAGGGGAAAAUCAAGUGGAUGAAAGAUAUGUGGCGCUCGGAUCCCUGCUACGCAGAAUACGGAGUGGAUGGGUCCACCUGCUCUUUUUUUAUUUACCUCAGUGAGGUUGAAAAUUGGUGUCCUCAUUUACCUUGGAGAGCAAAAAAUCCCUAUGAAGAAGCCGAUCAUAAUUCAUUGGCGGAGAUUCGUACAGAUUUUAAUAUUCUCUACAGCAUGAUGAAAAAGCAUGAAGAAUUCCGGUGGAUGAGACUCCGGAUCCGGCGAAUGGCUGAUGCGUGGAUCCAGGCAAUCAAGUCCCUGGCAGAAAAGCAGAAUCUUGAAAAGAGAAAGCGGAAGAAAGUCCUCGUUCACCUGGGACUCCUGACUAAGGAAUCUGGAUUUAAGAUAGCAGAGACAGCUUUCAGUGGUGGCCCUCUUGGUGAAUUAGUUCAGUGGAGUGAUUUAAUUACAUCUCUGUACUUACUGGGCCAUGACAUUAGGAUUUCAGCUUCACUGGCUGAGCUCAAGGAGAUAAUGAAGAAGGUUGUAGGAAACCGAUCUGGCUGCCCAACUGUAGGAGACAGGAUCGUUGAGCUCAUUUAUAUUGAUAUCGUAGGACUUGCUCAAUUCAAGAAAACUCUUGGGCCAUCCUGGGUUCACUACCAGUGCAUGCUCCGAGUCCUGGAUUCAUUUGGUACUGAGCCAGAGUUUAACCAUGCUAACUAUGCCCAGUCUAAAGGCCACAAGACGCCCUGGGGAAAAUGGAAUCUGAACCCACAGCAGUUUUAUACCAUGUUCCCUCAUACCCCGGACAACAGCUUUCUGGGAUUUGUGGUCGAGCAGCACCUCAACUCCAGCGACAUCCACCACAUUAACGAAAUCAAAAGGCAGAACCAGUCUCUUGUGUAUGGCAAAGUGGAUAGCUUCUGGAAGAAUAAGAAAAUCUAUUUGGACAUAAUUCACACCUACAUGGAAGUACACGCGACUGUUUAUGGCUCCAGCACGAAGAAUAUUCCCAGUUAUGUGAAAAACCACGGUAUCCUCAGUGGACGAGACCUGCAGUUUCUUCUCCGAGAAACCAAGUUGUUUGUUGGACUCGGGUUCCCUUAUGAGGGCCCAGCUCCCCUGGAGGCCAUUGCAAAUGGAUGUGCUUUUCUGAAUCCCAAGUUCAGUCCACCCAAAAGCAGCAAAAACACGGACUUUUUCAUUGGCAAGCCAACUCUGAGAGAGCUGACAUCCCAGCAUCCUUAUGCUGAAGUUUUCAUCGGCCAGCCCCACGUUUGGACGGUUGACCUCAGCAAUCAGGAGGAAGUGGGAGAUGCUGUGAAAGCAAUUUUAAGUCAGAAGAUUGAGCCAUACAUGCCAUACGAAUUCACAUGUGAGGGAAUGCUACAGAGAAUCAAUGCUUUCAUUGAAAAACAGGACUUCUGCCACGGGCAAGUGAUGUGGCCGCCCCUCAGCGCCCUGCAGGUGAAGCUGGCUGAGCCCGGCCAGUCCUGCAAGCAGGUGUGCCAGGAGAACCAGCUCAUCUGUGAGCCUUCUUUCUUCCAGCACCUCAACAAGGACAAAGACAUGCUCAAGUACGAGGUGAUCUGCCAAAGCUCAGAGCUGGCCAAGGACAUCCUGGUGCCCUCCUUCGACCCCAAGAACAGGCACUGUGUGUUUCAAGGUGACCUCCUGCUGUUCAGCUGUGCGGGCGCCCACCCCCGGCACCAGAGGAUCUGCCCCUGCAGGGACUUCAUCAAGGGCCAGGUGGCUCUCUGUAAAGACUGUCUAUAGCAGCCCCUGGCCUGGCCCCACACUCACUCUGUGGGACUAACGGUGGCUCC